AUGAGCGGCGUGAACCUCAGCACCGCCUCCCACAACUGGAUACAUGCAGUGAACCGGCUGCCCUCCCUCCAACAACUCUAUUUGUCAUCCGGUUGUGGCCUCACCACCCUCCCCACCUCUCUUUCCCAUGUCAACCUCACGGCCCUCGCCGAUCUGGAGCUCCGUGAUAACUCGUUCAACUCCACCUUCCCCAACUGGCUUUUUGAACUCCCCCGCCUCUCCUAUCUCGCGAUCAGCAACUCUGAAUUGCAUGGCACCAUAUCGACUGGGUUUGGAAACUUGACUCGUCUCACACGGCUCGACCUUACCGGCAACUCGCUUGCCGGUUCCAUACCCGCCGAUAUAUGGAGUUUGACCAGUCUGACCCUGCUCGACCUCAGCCAUAAUUUGUUUACGAGUCGUCUUCUACCUCAGAUCGGCAACAUGACUCGUUUGUCACAGCUAACCCUCGUUCACUGUUCGCUUAUUGGCUCCAUCCCUACCGAGAUCGGGUACCUGACUAGUCUCACGGAUCUAAGCCUCAGUGGUAAUUCACUGACGGGUCAAAUACCCAUCGAGAUCGGGAAUCUGUCUAAUCUAACCAAUCUCGACCUGAGACAUAAUCUGCUCUCCGGACUUAUACCACCAGAGAUUAGCAAGCUUUCCAACCUAAUCACCCUCGAUCUCUCCAGUAGCUAUUUGGAGGGAACUGUGUCCGAACGCCAUUUCGCUAACAUCACAAAACUAAUCGUCCUGUGCCUGUACGACAACCCCUUGGCCAUGCAAUUCCACCACAACUGGGUCCCGCCGUUUCAACUCCAGACCGUUAAAUUGGACGCCAUUAAAUUGGGCCCUACGUUUCCCACGUGGCUUCGUUCCCAGAAAUCCAUCAUGGAUUUGGAUAUGUCCAACACGAGUAUCGAAGACGCGGUGCCCCUUUGGUUCUGGAAGAAUUCUUCUUCUUCCAGCAUCAUGGACAUCAACCUCUCCCACAAUCAAAUCAGUGGCACUCUGCCAGCGUCCUUGGAGAGCAUGUCCUGCUUAAUGUUCUUAAAUUUGAGCUCCAAUACGCUUCGAGGUCACAUUCCUGCUUUGCCAUCGAACCUACAAGCACUGGACCUAUCGAACAAUUCUUUGUCCGGAUCGCUUCCAUGGACCCUGUCACCGUUCUUGGCAUACUUAUUCCUCUCCCGCAAUUAUUUUCGGGGAAGCAUACCAUCCGACAUCUGCGACUUGCAGCAACUCUAUGCUCUCGAUCUAUCGAACAACCAGAUAUCCGGAGAAAUCCCUCAGUGUUGGCAUGAGGCAACGAAACUAUUCUUCGUCAAUCUGGCGAAUAAUAGGCUGUGGGGGAAAAUUCCUGACUCCAUCGGAAACUUGAGCAACCUGGAGUUAAUAUUAUACUAG